CAUUUGCCCAAUCGCAGCUCUUCUUUAGAAGCUCAAAAAAUAAUGGGAAAAGACAAAGACAACCGCCUCCACCACAAACCUAUAUAACCUAUAUAAGCCAGAUCACUAGUCUUCAGGUUUUCUCCACGGUCGAACAAGCAUGGGAGAAGGCCCCAGUGACAACACGCACCGUCACUCCCUGGAAGACAAAGACGACGACGACGACGAGGAAGGCUGCGAUGCUGAGGUUUGGGAGAUUCUGAGUAGGAGCUUCGACCAGGUUCAGUCGGUUUUGGAUCAAAAUCGGUUGCUAAUUCAGCAAGUUAAUGAGAAUCAGCAGUCUCGGAUUCACGACAAUCUGGUCAAGAAUGUCUCCCUGAUUCGGGAGAUUAACGGCAACAUCUGUAAGGUCAUUUCUAUGUACUCCAAACUGUCUGCCGAUUUCGUUGACAUUGUCCGGCGGCGGCGGGCCCAGAACGAUGGCGACGAGAAGAAGAAGGAAGAGAGCGUGGACUUGAAUCUACCGCCAUCGCGAUGAAGCGAUCAAUUUCAGAUGAUAGCGGCGGGACUGCACCUCUUUCCAGGUUCCACUGUUUAUAGAUAAUCAUUCAUAAAUAUCUUUUUGUAACUCCUUAACGUAUAGGACCUUAAUGAAAUUUUAUAGAGUUUUCUCAUGAAUUUUAUUA